AUGGCAACAUAUUUGCGGGAGCAUCGACAUUCAGCGUCGAAACUAUGCGUCUCACUUUUCGUCUUCCUCCUUUUUGUUGUUGUCCCCAUCACGGCUCUGAGCGUCGGCGAGGCGAGGCUUGUCAGAAGCAACACCGCCGCGAAAGAGGAGGUAGAAGACUAUACAAAAUACUACAAUUAUGUGGAAAUGACCCGGCUACUGAAGUUCAUGGCCCUGAAAUACCCUCACAUUGCCAACCUGUCCAGUAUAGGCCAGUCCGUGCAGGGCAGGGAGUUGUGGGUUAUGCGAAUCACAAAGGACCCCAACGCUGACGUACCGGGAAAACCCAAAUGUAAAUACGUGGGGAACAUGCACGGGGACGAAACUAUCUCGAGGCAAGUAUUGGUGUACCUUGUGGACUACCUAUUGACGAGGUAUGGAGAGGACCCGCGUAUCACGGAGUUGGUGACGAGCACGGAUAUUUACAUUAUGCCCAGUAUGAACCCAGACGGGUUCGAGAGGUCCAGAGAGGGGGACUGCAGUGGCGACGCGGGGGGUCGUUCCAACGCCAGGGGCAUGGACCUCAACCGAAGUUUUCCUGACCAGUUUGACAACAUCAACGUCCAACAAGAGGAUAUUCCCGAGGUUACAGCUGUCAUUAAAUGGAUCCUGGAGAAAAGGUAAGUAUUUCUUUCUCUGAUCUAUUUACAUAGACCUACAUACACCAUGAUGUGUGUUUGUUUAGUUUACAUUGUUUAUAACCAAAUGCAGAUGGUGAGAUGGGGCUCAAAUGUAUGGGCUACACCAUGGGUAGGCAAUCCGUUUCCUGGAGUGGCCCAGGUACUGCAUAAUUUUGUUCAGACAUAGGCACCACACCUGACCAACUGAGAUAAUUGAUCACUUCACUAAUUACCUACAUUCAACACGCCACACACCUCAUCUUCCAGGUUGUAAAAAUAUGAAGUGCCUGCGACACUCCAGAACCCUGGGCUACACAGACAUCCCUUACUGCAAAUGAUAACUGCUGCAACCAAGGACUUUACUGGCAGCCUGCAUCUAUCAUUGUUCCUAUUGUUCUGAAGCACCUCCUCAUGGACCCUAAAUACCCCCUCCCUCCCCCUGAAGGAUCUCUCCAUUUACUGUUGCCAGCUAACAGUUGGGAAUGCCCUCGAUCAACAUCAGACUCCAAUAGGCCAACAUAAGUAGCCUGCCAUACAACUUUAGGCCGGCCACCUUUGUCUAAAGACCUGUCAAAAUAAACACUAUACCUCCUCUUCCAGCUGUCACUGAACAAACAGCUGUUGAAAAACAUCUAAUGAUGUCCUGUUAUUGCAUAUAGUUAAUUUUAUUAAAUCACUGUGAUAUCUAUGGGAACACAAUAGCCCACAUCAAAUCACAUUUUAUUUGUCACAUGCGCCGAAUACAACAGGUGUCGACCUUACCGUGAAAUGCUUACUUACGAGCCAUUAACCAACAAUGCAAAAAAAUAUAUAAAAUAAAGGAAGUAAGAAAAAUUUGUUAACUAAAGGAAUAAUAGUACCACUAUAAAAUAACAAUAAUGAGGCUAUAUACAAGGGGUACUGGUACUGAUUCAAUGUGCAGGGGUAUGGGUUAGUUGAGGUAAUAUGUACAUGUAGGUAGGGGAAAGUGACUAUGCAUAGAUAAUAAACAGAGCGUGUGAAGGAAUGUUACAGUGUGUUAGAGUGUCAGUGUGGGAUAUGUGAAUGUGUGGUUAGAGUCCAGUGAGGAGGGUACAUCGAGCCUGUGCAAAAAAAUUAUAAUAAAUAAGGUGGUCAAUGCAAAUAGUCUGGGUAGCCAUUUGAUUAGCUGUUCAGGAGUCUUAUGGCUUGGGGGUAGAAGCUGUUAAGGAGACUUUUGGACCUAGACUUGGCACUCCGGUACCGCUUGCCAUGCGGUAGUAGAGAGAACAGUCUAUGACUAGGGUGGCUGGAGUCUUUGCCAAUUUUUAGGGCCUUCCUCUGAUAACGCCUGGUUUAGAGGUCCUGGAUGGCAAGGAGCUAGGCCCCAGUGAUGUACUGGGCCGUGCGCACUACCCUCAGUAGCGCCUUGCGGUCGGAUGCCGAGCAGUUGCCAUACCAAGCGGUGACGCAACCAGUCAGGAUGCUCUCGAUGGUGCAGCUGUAGAACUUUUUGAGGAUCUGAGGUCUCAUGCCAAAUCUUUUCAGCCUCCAGAGGGGGAAUAGGCGUUGCCGUGCCCUCCACACGACUGUGUUGGUGUGUUUGGACCUUGAUAGGUCCUUAGUGAUGUGGACACCAAGAACUUGAAGCUAUCGACCCGCUCCACUAAAGCCCCGUCGAUGUGAAUGGGGGCGUGCUCGUGUGUGUACUUCAGCUCAGCCUCAGUUAAAGGUUUCCCCCCUUUCCCUUCCCCUUGACCAUAAGAUGUAGGCUACAGACAGACUGUAGAUACUAGGCCUACUAUAUAUCCCCUGCCUCCUGAUACAUUGUGUUGUUGUUGUGUCCCUCCAGGUUUGUCCUGUCAGGGAACCUGCAUGGUGGCACUGUGGUGGCCAGCUACCCCUUUGAUGACUCAGCCUCCCACAAGAUGCAGGGUUACUACAGCCGCUCUGUGGACGACAACCUGUUUAAACACCUGGCGCUGACCUACGCCAAGAACCACCCCGUCAUGAGGACCGGGGAGCCCAAGUGCCCAGAUACCCCCGACGAGACUUUCGAGGAUGGCAUUGUCAACGGGGCAAAGUGGUACGAUGUACCC